CUCUUCCCUCCCUGCCAAAUUGUGCUCCCGCCCCCGGCCCGCCCCCGGGAAGGUUCUGGGCGUGCGCGGUGCAUUGUGGGGGCCGGGAGCGAGCAGCCGCCGCGAUGAUGCCAACGCCGGUUAUCCUGCUGAAGGAGGGCACGGACACCUCGCAGGGCGUCCCGCAGCUGGUCAGCAACAUCAACGCGUGCCAGGUGAUCGCCGAGGCCGUGCGCACCACGCUGGGCCCGCGCGGCAUGGACAAGCUCAUCGUGGACGAUCGCGGCAAAGCCACCAUCUCCAACGACGGGGCCACCAUCCUGAAGCUGCUGGACGUUGUCCACCCGGCCGCGAAGACCUUGGUGGACAUCGCCAAGUCCCAGGACGCCGAGGUGGGUGAUGGCACCACGUCCGUGACCCUGCUGGCAGCUGAGUUCCUGAAGCAGGUGAAGCCCUACGUGGAGGAGGGGCUCCAUCCCCAGAUCAUCAUCCGCGCCUUCCGCACGGCCACGCAGCUGGCUGUGAACAAGAUCAAAGACAUCGCUGUCUCCGUGAAGAAGGAGGAUAAAGAUGAGCAGAGGAGUCUCCUGGAAAAGUGUGCAGCCACAGCCCUGAGCUCCAAGCUCAUCUCCCAGAGCAAGGAGUUUUUCUCCAAGAUGGUGGUAGAUGCUGUGAUGAUGUUGGAUGACUUGUUGCAGCUCAAGAUGAUCGGGAUAAAGAAGGUGCAAGGAGGAGCUUUGGAAGACUCACAGCUGGUGGCUGGAGUUGCCUUUAAGAAAACCUUCUCCUACGCUGGGUUUGAGAUGCAGCCCAAGAAGUACCAGUCCCCCAAAAUCGCCCUGCUCAACGUGGAGCUGGAGCUCAAAGCUGAGAAGGACAACGCCGAGGUCAGAGUCAACACGGUGGAGGAUUACCAGGCCAUCGUGGAUGCAGAGUGGAACAUCCUGUAUGACAAACUGGACAAAAUCCACAAGUCAGGGGCCAAGGUGGUGCUGUCCAAGCUCCCCAUUGGGGACGUGGCCACCCAGUACUUCGCAGACAGGGACAUGUUCUGUGCCGGCCGCGUCCCGGAGGAGGAUCUCAAGAGGACCAUGAUGGCCUGUGGGGGAUCCAUCCAGACCAGUGUCAAUGCCCUGUCGGAUGAUGUGCUGGGCCGCUGUCAGCUCUUUGAGGAGACCCAGAUUGGGGGAGAGAGGUACAACUUCUUCACGGGCUGCCCCAAGGCCAAGACGUGCACCAUCAUCCUGCGCGGGGGCGCGGAGCAGUUCAUGGAGGAGACGGAGCGCUCCCUGCACGACGCCAUCAUGAUCGUCAGGAGGGCCAUCAAGAACGACUCGGUGGUGGCGGGCGGCGGCGCCAUCGAGAUGGAGCUCUCCAAGUUCCUGCGGGACUACUCGCGCACCAUCCCGGGCAAGCAGCAGCUGCUGAUCGGCGCCUACGCCAAGGCCCUGGAGAUCAUCCCCCGGCAGCUCUGCGACAACGCCGGCUUCGACGCCACCAACAUCCUCAACAAGCUGCGCGCCAAGCACGCCCAGGGCGGGAUGUGGUACGGCGUGGACGUGACCAACGAGGACAUAGCUGACAAUUUCUCGGCGUGCGUGUGGGAGCCGGCCGUGGUGCGCAUCAACGCGCUGACGGCGGCCUCGGAGGCCGCGUGCCUCAUCGUGUCCGUGGACGAGACCAUCCGCAACCCGCGCUCCAGCGUGGACACCGCGGCUGCCGGCGCUCCCCGCGGCCGCGCCCGCGCCCGGCCCCACAACCACUGAGCCCCCAGACCCGCUGGGCUCAGCGCUGCUCCUGCCCAGGGCUGCCAGCCCCACAGCCACUGAGCCCCCAGACCCGCUGGGCUCAGCGCUGCUCCUUCCCUGGGCUGCCAGCCCCACAGCCACUGAGUUCCCCAGACCCACUGGGGUCAGCGCUGCCCCUUCCCUGGGCUGCCAGCCCCG